AUGUAUUCGGUAUUUUUUGAGCCGUCUCAACAAAAAAUUCAUCCACACUAUCCCGAAGACGCGUACCGUUGGUUUAAAGCAUGUGGAGGAAACGACGCCAUGACAAAGAACUUCGAAAAAUUUAAUCGCUGUCGGGGGUUGGAAGCAUGCCGGGAUAACUAUCAGAACGGGUGCAUCGCAUAUUACAAAUAUCCAUCAAAACGUGUAAUCUCUCUAAAUGAUAGUGCUAAUAUAAUGAGCAAUAUAACAGUUGAUUAA